CUCCAUCCCCAGCCCGGGCCGCGCAUCCAGGCCGCCAGGAUGGACAUGUUCAUGAAGGGCCUAUCCAUGGCCAAGGAGGGCGUCGUGGCCGCGGCGGAGAAAACCAAGCAGGGGGUCACCGAGGCCGCUGAGAAGACCAAGGAGGGCGUCCUCUACGUCGGAAGCAAGACCCGAGAAGGGGUGGUACAAGGAGUGGCCUCAGUGGCUGAGAAAACCAAGGAGCAGGCCUCCCAUCUGGGAGGGGCUGUGUUCUCUGGGGCUGGGAACAUCGCAGCAGCUACAGGCCUGGUGAAGAAGGAAGAAUUCCCCACUGAUCUCAAGCCAGAGGAAGUGGCCCAAGAAGCUGCUGAGGAGCCGUUGAUCGAGCCCAUGAUGGAGCCAGAAGGGGAGAGCUAUGAGGAACCACCCCAGGAGGAGUAUCAGGAGUAUGAGCCAGAGGCGUAAGGGCCCAGGAUGGCCCCCCCACCAGCAGCACAAUCCUUUCCCUGUCCCCUAACCUACCCCCCAGAGCCAGGGCUGUCCUUCUAACCCAUCCCCACAAAUACGAGAUCUUCCUUCGCCCCGAGGAACCUCCUUGAGGCUUGUGUUAGUGUCUGUCCAUCUGUCUGUCCUCACCUUAGUACAACCCUGGGGCGUGACCAGGGCAAGGGGCUGGAGCCAAAGCUGGGAGCCUGGCCACACCUCUGUUGCCCCCUCCCUGCCCCAUCUGGUCCAGUGUCUGCGAGGAUGUAGCAUGUUUUAUGUGUUUUUAAAUGAAGAUCGGAAAGCGACGUCUCUCCAUACCCACCCCGAUGGAG